AUGUCGGAUACGGAUCCAGGUUUACCGGUUCAUUUAGAAGAUUAUGGCGGUGACGGAAUUGAUUACAGCGAUUGGUUUAAGCCAGGACAUGGGUUUGAUACUGAUGUUGAAGCAAUUACUUGGGCUAAGACUACUGCUAUAAGGAUUGGUUUUGAAUUAGUCAUUUCGUCACAUAAGAACAAGGGGAAAAAAAGCUUCUACGAUGUGCUCGGGGUGAGCGUUACAGAGACUGCAUGGUUUAUACUUACGAAUCCUGGUAUUUCGAGUACACACAACCAUGCUUUAGCUGUGUAUCCUGAAGGAUACCGUCAGAUGAGUGGGCUGAGUGGCGAGGCGAAAGAAAUUGUGCGAGAUAUGAGUGCGGCACAAGCGAAGCCGUGUUCUAUUAUGGCAGCUUUGAAAGAAAAAGUACCAUCUGACAACCCUACAAUAAGGCAAGUGUACAACUACAGAGAGACUUUGAGAAAGUCUAGCUUUGAGGGUAGAGAUGUGGUUGCGCAAUUUUAUCACAUGGCUCAGAAAAAUGAUUAUGUACACUGGACUCUUGCUGAGGAGGAUACAGGUGUGGUGACCUAUAUUUUCAUAUCUCAUCCUGAUUCAGUAAGACUACUUCUUUCGUACUACUGGAUCAUCGGUAUGGACUCCACGUACAAGACGAACAAGUACAAGCUGCCUUUUUUUGAGAUUAUUGGAAUGACUCCUUGCAACAAGAACUUCAUAAAUUAG